CAUCACCUCUGGUGUGGUUCAAGGAGGUGCGUUACGUCCCCUUCUCUUUGCACGUGAAAGAUGUGUGGGUUGUUGUAGUCAUGGCGACACGAAAAGCAGCCUUUGAUGCAUUGGAGCCUAUUUAUUUCAAUCUACUUAGAAAGAGAAUUAACAUAAAAUUUGAACUACGUUUCCAUAUAUUCUUUGUGUGCAGUAGUUUACUUAGCCAAUCAUUAUGACAUGAAAUUGAGGCUCAGAUCACCGCUGAAGGGUUUAGCACGUUAUGCAGCAACACGAAUGCCAUGGCUCCCUGGACAAUAUGAAUUAAGAAAUCAGAUCAGUGGGGUUUGGUGGUCAUUGUGCAUAAUUUAUAUCCCGACGACAAUAAUAUUUUGCAAAUUUUAUCUGGACCACAAUCUAAAGAUACCGUCUGAAGAAAAAGACCAAUGGAUGAUUAGACCCUAUGGAUUUAAAACUAUAUCAGAACAAAUAACUGGAAACAAAUCUCGUCAACUUUUGCUGGCUGGUUGUUUAUUCACAGGUGUAAUAUUAUGGCUAUUUUAUCUCAUCAUAUUUUAUUAUUCCUUCUACUUCUUUCAUUUUCCUUACUGGCGUAAUGGUAUACGUGAUUGGCUUUAUGAGUUACAACGGUUUUACUUUUGGCAUUUUAAAGAAUUAACACUAUGGGUUCCGAAAAAUUCACCUAAAGCAUAUCAUUUACUGGAUGAUGGGAAAGACUCGUUCUUAAUUAUUGAUAUUCUACAAAAUAUAUUUGAAUGCUGUGGUAUUGAAAAUGGGACUGUGGAUUGGGCGUCUGAUCACAUUGAACGACCGAAACCUAGUACUUAUCGAAAAUCCAUGAGGAUAUCAAACAGUUUUCAGGAAGCCCAUUACUUGAUUCCAAAUGUAAGUAAUCGAAGCCUACCUUUCAGCUGUUGUAAAAGAAAUAAAUACAGUUUCACUACAGAUAGCGUACCAUGCAAUAAUAUCAACCCAAUCAAUGAUGAUGUGUUCUACAACCAAGGAUGUCUUAAUCCACUGAUGAGCUUUUUAACAUCACGCUGGAUGAAAGACCAAAUGAUAUGUUUACUUAUCGUUCUAUUAACCAUGAUCCCACAAAUAAUUCCAAUGAUUGCAAGUGUUUCACCAGGACAACUGAAUGAAGAAUUUAAUACGACCUUGUAUUCCAUUGAAAAGGCUGUCAUUAGACAAACAGCUGAAAUUAAGAAUAUUGGAAAAGCUGGAGUAUCCCAGUUGAGAAGAUUAACUAUUGUUUGCACACAGCCAACUACUUGAAACGUAUUCAGUGAAAUCGUGCUGAUGAGAACAAUGACAGACAUAAAAGUAACGGACACAUGUGUACAUCCA